GAUAGAUGAGUAAUGCCAGAGGAAGCGCAACGCGAUAUCUGGAAAGAGAACCUUGGAAGCCGCUCUAUGGCCCGUGCGCAUGACACGUGAUACUGGAGGCUCCAAUUACGGACCGCGCUAAAAUAUCCGACUACCUUGGGACGAGAGCAAAGAGUUCGCCUAAAGUCCUUCAAUGUAACUAUGGUGGGCUUGCGCCCAAAUUCUAAGGCGAUGCGCCACGUGGUAUAUGUCAACCAAGUAUGGGCAGAUCCCAACACUGGAACAUUGGUACCGAGGCAGGUAAUCCCGUGGUCGCCAUUACAAUUCAACGUCGUUGAGAAAAUUCUGGUGACUAGUCUUUGGUCGGCCCAAAAUAUCUUGUUUCUGAUGCCGCAUGAAGACUAUAUAUACGUAGGAUCCACCACCCUUAAAGUUCAAUCUCGUCUAAAUUCAGCGUCUACCCUCGACUAUACGACAGUCAAAUCCAACAGCAAGGAAGAAGUGCAUCAUGUCGCCCAGACGCACGCGCUUACCGUCACACACCAUGAGACCGAAACCGCUCAUAAGGCUGGCACAGGUAUGGUGAACAAAGUUGUCACGAGGACGGACCACGUCAAGGAAACCGACCACGUUUGGAUGACGAAGACGGGGGUAGAGGCGCACAAGACCACGCAGACCGUCACAAAGACCGAGACGACGGCGAAGGAAGUCGAAGCAACUCGCUGGACCACGACGACGAAGACGAAUCAAAAGGAAGUCAAAGUCACCAAGACCGUCGUUCAGCCCGGCGCAUGCGCUACGCAAGGCCAUCAAGCUCCUCAGAAAUCUCCCCAGCUUUCAGACGAACAGUGGACGAUGCUACAACUCGAUGGCCAAAUAAAUGGCAUAUGCUGCUUCAAUCCCAACAAGAAGCGCGUCGACUGCUACGGCACCACCGGCAAGGAUCCAGUCAAGUACAAGGAGGUAAAGGACAAGAAGUUCGAAAAGUGCGUGCGCGAGGGUGAUGCACACUGCUUCGACGGGAAAUUUCGAAAGGGGCUGCAGAUUGGUGUCUUCCUGGACAGACAUGACAAGGUGAGGGGCAGUGCGUGCGCAGGAGCAGUAGAGAAUGGGAGGGAGCAUAUCAUGUGCUGGGGUACGCCGAAUCGCAAUCCGAUCAAGUACAAGAAGCUUUCCCAGGGGGAGUUGACGGCAUGCCUCUACGAUGGUAGCAAGUGCAGGCCUCUAUGAAGGCUGAAGGGAGGGAGUGCAUGGAAUGCGGUAUGGCGAGGAUAGACGCAAUGUCAAGUUUGCUUCCAUUGGGGUUUCGGUUUCGGCUUAGUAAUUUAUACGGUUCGCUAACCCACGGACGGACGCUCGUGCCUGGCGUGUGAUGACUUGUGCUUGGUUGGCUCUGUGGCGUUGAGGAG